AUGAGUGUGUCGCCAGCGCUGACCGUAUACAUUGUACGCCACGGGGAAACGGACGCGAACCUCAACAAGAUCAUCCAAGGACAUCUCGAUGUUCCAUUGAACGAUACUGGCCGCUCCCAGGCCCAUCUCCUCUCCCAAUCCCUGCGCGAUGUCCCGUUCACUCGCGCGUGGAGUAGUGAUCUACAACGCGCAUCUGCAACUGCUGAGGAAGUGCUGAAAGAGCAUCCGACGGUUAAACUGACGAAAGAUGUGGCACUCCGUGAAAGGUUCUUAGGUCAGUGGCAGGGAAAGAGCGUCGCGGAAAGGCAUGCGGCGAGUAAAGCAGACGCGGAUGGUCGCAGUAUAGAGCCACCGAGCAAGCUGCGUGCCAGGCUGAUGGAAUGGUGGUCAAACAACAUCACGACCUAUGCGACGCAAUCAACCAACGAGCACGUUCUCGUUCUCAGCCACGGCUACGCCAUCUCGAUACUCUUUCAGAGCCUCAUCAAGGAGGGGGUGAUCGCAUGCGCCCCGGUAUUUAUAAGGGCUGCUUUAGGAGACUAG